UGCGCAAACGCAGAGUAUCGCUAAUCGCAAUCGCAGUGCAAUUCUCGCUCAGUGCAGUAUGGCGGCGCGCGCAAUCGUCGCGUCUUGCGCGCUACUCGCGUUCGCGGGAGUUGCGUACGCGCAGGAUGCAGUGGUGAUAGUGGAUGUCAGCAACCGCACACUCCCGAACCAAGCGACCAACGGGGCCCACAGGAACCAUGGGACUCAUGGGGCCCACACGACCGGGACCCAUGCGAACAUAGCAUCUUUAGAUGACUGCCAAAGUAUAGUGACACAGCUGGAGUUGGCAAAGGAAGAAGCUCUCCUACUGUAUACGGACUUCGCUUCCCGGGCCGGUAACGAUUUGAAGACAUUCCUAAAAAACAUCACUGGGUAUGCUGAUGGCAUCAUCCAGAACGUUAAUGAUGAACCGCCUCUUGAUGAUGUGGACGAAUGCUGGGUGAAGUUCCAGUACCGGGUGAAGAAGGUGGAGCAUGAUGCCCAGAGAGCAGCCAUGUUCAGCGGAGACAGCCACCACAAGUUCCUGUUGGGACACAUGAUCGUGUUUCGGAUGCAUCUGAACAAGAGUGAAGACUACUUGAAGAGGUGUGACAAAGCUACCAGAGGCUGUGGUCUGUCUUGUGAGACUACCCCACGCGUAAGGCGCUGGCGUCGCUUAGCUCUGGACGAGAUCCAUCGAGUUCGAGAGGACAUGCCAUUCACCAGGAGAUCUUACAGGGACCUGGUGUCCCAUGCGCGUCGGAAACUGAAUCACUUGAAGAAGCAGAUCAUCGUCAGGUCGAGGGAUGCGAUGGAAGACUACAAAUAUUGUAUAAAUAGGAGGCGAUUACGAUAGGUUCUUGAUUCUUGAGUGGGGUCGAAAGUUAAUCAAAAUUCUUAGUUUUAAAAACAUUUU